AUGCCUUUAUCACGAUCCUGUCAAUCUGUCUGUCUGUCUCAUCUGGUUUCGUCUCUAUAUGUCUGCAUCUUAUGGACUCGUCUCCGUCUGUCUGCCUCCUUUGGUCCAAUUUCCGUCUGUCUACUUCUUCUGGUCUCAUCUCUGUAUCUACCUAUUCUGGUCUCGUCUUCGUCUAUCUGCCUAAGGUGGUCUGAUCACAGUAUGUCUGCUUCUUCUUGUCGCGUCAUCAUUUGUCUGCCUUUUCUGGUCUCGUCACUAAAUGUCUGCCUCUUUUCGCUUCGUUUUAGUGUGUCUGUCUCUGAUGGUCUGGUCUCGUUAUGUCUGCCUCUUCUGGUCUCGUAUCCAUGUCUGCCUCUUCUGCUCACGACUCCGUUUGUCUGUCUCUUCUGGUCUCGUCUUCGUCUCUCUGCCUCUUCUGCUCUCGACUGUAUAUGUCUGUCUCUUCUGGUCUCGUCUCCAUCUGUCUGCCUCUUCUGGUUUCGUCUUCGUCUCUCUGCCUCUUCUGCACUCGACUGUAUAUGUCUGCCUCUUCUGGUCUCGUCUCCGUCUGUCUGCCUCUUCUGGUCUCGUUUCCGUCUGUCUGUCUCUUCUGAUCUCGUCUCCGUCUGUCUGCCUAUUCUGGUUUCAUCUUCGUCUCUCUGCCUCUUCUGCUCUCAUCUCCAUCUGUCUGCCUCUUCUAGUCUCGUCUCCAUCUGUCUGCCUCUUCUGGUCUCGUAUCCGUCUGUCUGUCUCUCCUGGUUUCGUCUUCGUCUCUCUGCUUCUUCUGCUAUCGACUGUAUACGUCUGUCUCUUCUGGUCUCGUCUCCAUCUCUCUGCCUCAUCUGGUCUCGUAUCCGUCUGUCUGCCUCUCCUGGUUUCGUCUUCGUCUCUCUGCCUCUUCUGCUCUCGACUGUAUAUGUCUGCCUCUUCUGGUCACGUCUCCAUUUGUCUGCCUCUUCUGGUCUCAUAUCCGUCUGUCUGCCUCUCCUGGUUUCGUCUUCAUCUCUCUGCCCCUUCUGCUAUCGACUGUAUAUGUCUGUCUCUUCUGGUCUCGUCUCCAUCUGUCUGCCUCUUCUGGUCUCGUAUCCGUCUGUCUGCCUCUCCUGGUUUCGUCUUCGUCUCUCUGCCUCUUCUGCUAUCGACUGUAUAUGUCUGUCUCUUCUGGUCUCGUCUCCAUCUGUCUGCCUCUUCUGGUCUCGUCUCCAUCUCUCUGCCUCUUCUGGUCUCGUCUCCGUCUGUCUGCCUUUUCUGGUCUCGUAUCCAUCUGUCUGCCUCUCCUGGUUUCGUCUUCGUCUCUUUGCCUCUUCUGCUAUCGACUGUAUAUGUCUGUCUCUUCUGGUCUCGUCUCCAUCUCUCUGCCUCUUCUGGUCUCGUCUCCGUCUGUCUGCCUAUUCUGGUUUCGUCUCCAUCUCUCUGCCUCUUCUGGUCUCGUAUCCGUCUGUCUGCCUCUCCUGGUUUCGUCUUCGUCUCUCUGCCUCUUCUGCUAUCGACUGUAUUUGUCUGUCUCGUCUGGUCUCGUCUCCAUCUGUCUGUCUCUUCUGGUCUCGUCUCCAUCUGUCUGCCUCUUCUGAUCUCGUCUCCGUCUGUCUUCCCCUGCUGGUCUUUUCUCUGUAUGUCUGCCUCUUCUUGUCUCGUUCCCGUCUGUCUGUCUCUGCUGGUCUCGUCUCUAAAUGUCUGACUCUUUUGGUUUCGUCUCAGUGUAUCUGCCUUUGCUGGUCUGGUCUCGUCUUCGUCUUCAAGAUACUCUCUCACUACCCUGUACCUCCAUCUCCCCCGCAUCUCACUACCCUGUACCUCUAUCCCCCCCCAUCUCACUACCCUGUACCUCCAUCCCCCCCCGCAUCUCACUACCCUGUACCUCCAUCCCCCCCAUCUCACUACCCUGUACCUCCAUCCCCCCAUCUCACUACCCUGUACCUCCAUCCCCCCCGCAUCUCACUACCCUGUAUCUCCAUCCCCCCAUCUCACUACCCUGUACCUCUAUCCCCCCCGCAUCUCACUACCCUGUACCUCCAUCCCCCAUCUCACUACCCUGUACCUCCAUCCCCCCCAUCUCACUACCCUGUACCUCCAUCCCCCCAUCUCACUACCCUGUAUCUCCAUCCCCCCCACAUCUCACUACCCUGUACCUCCAUCCCUCACAUCUCCAUACCCAGUAGUUUUCUUCGGUCUGCUGUUAGGUAA